GUCACACAGUGAAUAAGAUGCGCAAACAUUCAGAUCACGAUGUGGCCAGCCUCGCCGAAGCUAUUUACACGGAGUGGCGAACUUUCAUCCAAGACCAUUCAAACAAGCCCUCAAUAGAGGUCAGGAGCGAUCCCAAGACCGAGGCUUUCAGAAAGAACGCACGGAGGCUGCUUUGUGAAGCCCUGGAUCUAGAGAUUGGUCACCCGCUGGCUGAAAAUAUUGAGCGAGAAGCUUUUCAUCUCUCUUCCCGUCUCAUUAGCGCACCGUAUCGCAAAACGGUGCGAGCUCUUGUCUUCUCAUUAAAGCAUAAACCUGAAACCCGAGCAGAAGUCAAGACUGGCACGCUCACUGUCCCUGUGUUUGUACAGAGCCAUAAGAAGUGA